GUAACCGGUUCGGUUGGAAUUGCGAAUAUAAAUGUACAAGAAGACGACAUAACCCGAAAGAAACCUGCCAUUAUCAGUUUUGUCUUCCAGACCCGUAUGGAUGUGAAUGUUCGACGGGAUUAAUGGGAACGAACUGUGAUACAUCUUGCGUAGCGGGAAAAUUUGGAGCGGGAUGUACACAAAGAUGCAAUUGUGCAUCUGGAACCUGCGAUCCCUUCACUGGUAAAUGUGGAGAUGGCUGUAUGACGUCAUUUAGUGGCGCGUUUUGCCAAGUCCCAGCCGUAUGUCCCAUUGGAUACUACGGACCAUUGUGUUCUUUAAAAUGUCACUGUAAGGAUGACGUUAGUUGUGACUCGCAUGGAGCGUGUAGCAACGGCCAAUGUGCGCUUGGAUACACUGUUUACAAAAAUGGAAGCUGUGAAUCAUGUCGGUAUAGCUCCUUCGGUGCAGACUGCAACGAAACCUGUAAUUGCCCAGAAGUCUACUGUCAUUUUGAGAAAGGCUGCUAUGGAAAGUGCUUUGUUGGCUGGCUCGAGCCAACUUGUAACACAGAGUUACCUGUAUAUUCUGGAAGGCCGAUCAUAGAUGAAACAAAUGAUACCUCAGUAAUAGUAAGGUGGAGACCAUGGGACACAGAUUUCGGGGAUAGAGGUGACGGGCCCGUCAUUGGUUACGUGAUCUUCUAUAAAAAAUCACAUGACCGCGAUUGGAGCGACCGUAUUGACAGUACAAACGUAUCGACACAAUUCACAGUGAAGGGUUUGGCGUCAAAUACAGAAUACGAGUUGUCCAUAGCAGCUGUGAGGCCAGGAAUUGGUGGGCAAGGCAGGCCGGGAACGAUUGUUGGAUUUAAAACUAGAUGCUCUUGUCCUUCAGCACUGGACUCCCCAAUCAUAUUUACAGAAUCACCAAAGCAGAUGAUCAUUAAUUGGUCGACACCAUCUGAUGAUAAUGUCACGUGCCCUUUGACCCACUUCAACAUCUUCUAUUUUGAAGUUGGCUCUGACAGCCGUAGAAGUCAUGUGAUUUCUGACGUAAACACUACAACACUGACUAUAAAUAAUAUGAAGACUUACACGCAAUAUGCGGUGGAAAUUAGUUCAUCUAACAAAGAUUGUGAAGGUCCCAAGUCAUCAACAAAAGGAUUUACAUCUGAAGAAAAAGCAGCGCCUCCUAUCGUCGCUAUAGUUGACUCAUCUCCUAUUAAUCUACAUAUUGGAACUAAUAAUCUCGGUAUCUUUGGGAACAUCAAGUAUUUCAACAUCAGAUACAGACAAGAUACCACUGGCGAUUCUAACUGGAUAUCUGAUGAGUUGCCUCCAACACGUGAUGGUUCGGCUAUCUGGAUUGGACAUCAUCUCACCCAAGACAAACUCUACAAUUUUAAGGUGAGUGUAGAAAACGGAGUCGGUUCUGGAAAAUGGUUUGAAUUCGCAGUUACUCUAAAAGACAAAGGCAAAGAUACACAAUGGUCAUCUAGUUUUCUAAUUGUUGGCUUUGUUUUACUGAGUAUCUCAGUUUUCGUCAACAUAGCAUGUUGUCGCCGAGUUAAACUCACAUCACGCAAAUUGAACCAACGCAUGUGCAUCAGCCAAGACAUCCAGCCCAAGUCAACAAACGAACACAUCUACGAGACGACGUUGCAAAAUACCAAUGAUUCAUCGAAUAUUUACAUGACUGCUAUUUUUAAAUAAAUUCUCGUCUGGAGAACUUAAACAAAGCUAAGCGUCACCAAGUGAUCGACGAUCUUGUCAUCAGAAAGUGAGACAACCCCACAUUAAAUACCAAUUUUAAAGUCAGCCUUUAUUUAUCCAGCUGCCUUUUGAAAAUAUAGUUGAAACUUUUACGCAAUGUGCCCGUCGUUCAAUUGCCAAAUAUUAGAAUCUAUUAUAACUUACAGUAACAUUAAUUUUUAUAGCCACAUUAUUCAUCGCAUACAAUGAAAAAUUAUUGGUCUUUCUGAUUUAUUAAUCAAUUUAUUACUUAUUUAUUUGAACUAUAUGAGGGUGAACCAUCCAGGAAAGCUAAUCAUUUGGGACCCUGAACAUGUAACAAGCAAAUUACAGAAAACAUCUUAACUACAAAUUUAAAUCUAAAUUUAAAUCAGAAUCAGAAGAUAAAAUAUAAAACCUUAAUACAAACAUUAGUAAAAUUUAAUACAAAACUAAAAUGUAAAAUGCAGAUAUUGCAAAAGCCAAUAGUUUUUAGAUUUAAGUUCAAAUAAGAAAUUAAAUACUGUAUAUACAUACGUAUAGGAAUAUACUCAAGAUGCAAUAUACAUUAAACUUUAUCGUCAAACAAUGAAACAAUAAAAGGAAAUUGAUUGUAACGCAUGGGCGUCGAUCGGUGGGGACAGGGGGACACGUCACCCCCACUUUUCAAAGUAGGGGGAGGGGGACAUCAUAUCGAUUGUGCCCCCACACUUUUCACCAAUCUUCUAUAAUUAAAACCCCACUUUUAAAAGUGUAUGGAAAGAAUAAUAAUUACGCAUGACUCAUGAAUUUUGCCUGUUCACUUUUCCAAGUACGGUACAUAUUUUCCGGACCAAAACUGAGUAAAAACACAAUUGUUUAUACUUUUCAUAACCAUCUCAGAAACACUUGAUCGAUUUCAUGGGUGCAGCGGUUAUCAGAGGCUAAAUUUAUUGUGAAAACAAUGUACUUAACGUUGUUAAAAUUGGAAGCGUGUAUACUUAUUAGGCCAAUGUUUUUACAAACUCAAAAGUGCACAAUUUCUA